AGUUCAAUUUCCUCGAAAAUCGCAUUAGAAAGCAUGCAACAGCACUUGUUGCUUCUGGUCUGUUUGAGGAACCAAUUGACCCUACAGUUGCUUCACAGUGGGAGAGAGCCUUUAAAUGAGGGUAGUUUUGAAAGAAAAUAAAAAAUGGAAAUUCAGAAAAGUGUAUUUGCAGUUGGCAUGAUCUGCUGUGAAGAAGAAGGCCAUUUGAAGGAGAAACCUGUCUUGCUGCAAAGCAGUGUUGAGCAUUCUGGAGGGCAACGGGUGCGUCUUGACUUACAAAAAUUGAGCCAAUUUUCAAUUUUUCCUGGUCAAGUUGUGGGUGUUGAAGGGCACAAUCCUAGUGGACAUUGUCUGACUGCAUUAUGUUAAAAAUUAUAACAUAAUGCCAAAUGAUUACUAUUUAAUGCCAAUAUAUCAUAACCGCACUUUAAGAGCGCUUCUUCCUUCUAUAGCUCCAGCACGAAGUCUGCAGUGCAAAUAAUAGAAUUGAAUCAGACUAAUAACCAAAAUAGUUGCACAGCUCGAAUAAUAAAAUCCAUAAUACAUGAGGCCAGUUAGAAGGAGAUCAUUAUAUCUGACAGAACCCAUAAACUAAGUCUUUCCUUUGUCCUUAUCAAGAAUAGAAGUUGAAGGAUGUACAACUUCAUCAGUCCAAAAGUGAUAGUGUAAAUGCCAACUUCUGUGGGCUCAGAAUUUAGUUUCUAUAAUCAAAUUAUAAUCACCAUGAAGUCUGGAGCAUAAAAUAGAUUUUGGGAAAGGUAGCUAUAUGUGUACUUACAGUCUGCAUCUGUAUUGAUCCAGUUUUCGCUGUUCCCAUUUGAAUUGCUUCCACUGAUUGUGAGUUGUGAUGGGUUUGAGUGUCUCUUGAAGCAUCGUAUGCUCUCUUUUGAAAGGGCUGUAUGGGGA